AUGAGGGACCCGCGACAGCUCUCGCUCCAGAUUUCUGACCGUGAGGAGACCAGCAAAGUCCGGGGGGAUGGCCACCUGACCUGGGCCGGGGUGCUGCGCGCCCAGGACUGGGGAACCAUCAUUAUCAAUGUACUCCUCAUUAUAGCGCUGAUCAUCACCGUCAGAGUAGCCGACGAGCCGAGGCAGCGGCCGUUCUCCCUGUACGACGCCACCAUCAGCUACCCCCACAACCCGGACAGCAUCCCCUACUGGGUGGCGGUGCUGGUGCCCUUCCUCUGCCUCCUCAUCAGCAUCGCCGCGGGCGAGGCCUGGCGCGUGGGGGGCAGACCCGGGGUCAAGAGGGCCACCGCCUCCAUCCUGCACCUGGUCCUGGACGGCAUCUUUGCCUUUGUGGUCACGGCCCAGGUCACCCAGGUGGGCAAGGUCCUGGUGGGGCGGCUGCGCCCCGACUUCCUGGCACGGUGCAACCCCACUGCCCCGGCCCAGCUGACCGUGCAGUGGGGCCUGGCAGCCAGUGCCAACCCGGCCUGCGACUCCCCGCUCACCGCCGACGAGCUGCGGGACGGGCACUACAGCUUCCCCUCCGGCCACUCCAGCACCGCCUUUGUCUUCGCAGUCUACUCCGUAGGCUAUGGCAUCUGGGUCCUGUACCACCGGGACCGUGUGACGCGGCUGGAGGUGAUGCGAAGGGGCGUGGGCCACCGGCUCACAGACGCCCUUGUGGCCGCUCUGGGCCUCCUCUGGCUCCUGGCCCAGCUCUCCUUUGCCUGGGGCGUCGCGAUCAGCCGCGUCAUCGACUACCGUCACCACCCCGCCGAUGUUGUGGGAGGGGCCCUGCUGGGCACCUCCUUUGCCGUGCUGUACAUCACUCGGUGCGUGGGGCGGCUGGCCUACGUCACCACGGCCAUCGCGAUCGAGGCGGGUGACUUUGUGCCGGGUUCCGACGACGGCGCGCCCCCGACGCCCUAG